GCCUCUUUGUUGCAUGGGGUUUUUCCUGUUAACUUUGAGCAAUCAAGUUCUUCAAUGCGAAUACCGUCUAAGGUUCUUACACGACUAAGUACUACAUACAUAUUUAACAAUGAAUGGCUUUAAGAAGAAUGUUAUUUUGGGUAUAUUUUACGCAAUUGUAAUAAUUUGUGUAGAAUGCACACCCCAGGAAAAAACCAACGCACAAAAAAACAUAGAAGAAAUAUUUAACACCAAUGUCAAUAAUCCGGUACAACAAAACAGCGGAAUUGGAUUAAUUGUUACACCCGAGCCCAUAAAUGCUAUAACCCCAAGAAACUUUAAUUCUAUUAGUGGCAAGACCGCAGCAUGCAAUUGUGUUCCUUAUUAUAAAUGCGACCCGUCAACCAAUAGUGUCACAGAAGAUGGAUCAUUUGAUGGAUUUGGAGUAAUCGAUAUUCGAUUUAACACCGAUGAUCCCAUAUGUCCGUCAUCUGUUGAUGUAUGUUGUGCAGAUAAUAGGACUCGUACAGAGGUCUUGAACCCCACGCCGUUAGAUCAAAGACCGAACCAGCCACGAGGCUGUGGUAUUCGGAACACAGGAGGGUUAGAUUUUACUCUUUCCGGGGCAUCUCAAAAUGAAGCCGGUUUUGGCGAGUUUCCUUGGACAGUAGCUUUAUUGCAUUCGGGAAAUUCAAGCUAUUUCUGUGCUGGAUCUCUUAUACAUCCCCAAGUAAUUUUGACUGCUGUGCACUGUAUUGAAUAUCAUAGACCAGAAACUUUUAAGGUUCGUGCUGGAGAGUGGGACUCGCAAACAACAAAAGAGCGUCUACCGUAUCAAGAAAAAACAGUGCAAAGCACAAUAAAGCAUCCUAAAUACAAAAACAGAAACAUAGCUAAUGACUAUGCACUUGUGAUUCUCAGUCAGCCCUUUAUUUUGGAUGAUCACAUUAAUGUUGUAUGUUUACCACAACAAGGAGCUAUUGCUGCUCCAGAAACCACUUGUUACUCGACAGGCUGGGGCAAGGAUGUUUUUGGUUCUCUGGGAAAAUAUAGCGUCAUAAUGAAGCGUGUGCCAUUGCCAGUUGUGGACUUCGACUCUUGUCAAGCAAGACUGAGAAGCACCCGACUUGGGCCCAAGUUUGCACUGGAUAGGUCGUUCAUGUGUGCGGGCGGUCAACGUGGUGUUGACACUUGCCAAGGCGAUGGUGGAGCCCCACUUGCCUGUCCUAUUGGACAAGCCACUGAAAAUCGAUAUCAGCAGAAUGGCAUUGUUGCUUGGGGAAUUGGUUGCAAUGAUGAGGUACCAGCAGCUUAUGCCAGCGUAGCCUUAGCCCGAGAUUGGAUUGACCAGCAAAUGUUAGCAAGCGGUUUUGGGACGGCUGUGUACACUGCUUGAUUUUAUAGAAUCUGAAAUUUAAACAUAUGUUUAAAUAAAUAAAAAUAAAUGACUUUAAAA